UACCUUUGACGUAUGGAAAAGAUGGUGACCCACUGAUGAAGUUUCGUGAUAACGAGUAAUCGCGAAUGUUUGAAGAAGAAUUCUUCGAACAUUGAUAGUUGGGCAAUGCAGCGAAGCUGGAUUACGUUCGAAACGGGCCAUUUUGAUUCUAUACAUAAUCCAACAUUCCAGGGGAUAAUAAGACGAGUAAUGAAAUUAUGAAUUCUCAUAAACCACUGUAUUAAAUUUUCACAAUGUCUCAUUGUGAAGAAGUGGCAUCGUCUGGUUUUCACCAACUGAGUAUCACAAUCGAAGGUGCUAUACUGAGAAGUUCAACAUUCCUAAAACCUAAUCCUUACAUCGAAUUCUCCGUCGACGACAAGAGUCCUCGAAAAACGGAAGUUUCGAAAUCUACCUGUCAACCGAAAUGGAACGAGGAAUUCACUGUACUAGUGACGCCAUACUCGCAGUUACACUUUCGUUUGUUGGAUCAUAGCACAUUUAGAAAAGACACACUGAUUGGAGAGAAGAGAAUUAAUCUCUCCCAAGUGUUGUUGCAUUAUAAUGGAAAGCUGGAGAAUAUGGAGGUGACCUUCGACCUGAUGAGCGAAAAUAAACACGAUUCGCAGUUGUGCAAGGUCGGAGAACUGAUCACUGUAUUCGAUGGUUUACGAAUCACUAUGCCCAAUGUUUCAUCGUUGAAUAUUAGUGAUUCUUCGUGCCAAACGCAAUGCGUGUCUUCUGAUGGCUUAACCAGCACCGAAGCCAGCAGUCGAAGUAUCCUAAACGGAGGCGUCCGAGCCAGAAUGAGACUCUAUGGCUCUGAAAACAUGGCACCAUCCAAUUUCCGCGAAUUGGCUACAUACAAUUCAAAUUUUCCAGUCGGAAACGAUUCAGCCGCCAUCGAUAAGGACGACCAAGAGCAAACGGAGCCAUCGCCAUCGAAUUCCUUAUCCAACGGCCACGCAAUAUCUCCAGUAGACAAAUCAGCAGCCUCCUUACCCAGUAGACAUGCAAUAUCUUUGUUAGAAAAUCGCCAAACGUCUCGAAUAGACCAUCCACUUACGCCAGGAGCAGUGGAUGGUCGAAUAUUAGCUUGUACAGAUCAAUUCUCAAAAAUCUCCGUCUCAGACGUACGAAAUCCCCAACCAGAUCAAUCAAACGUCCUCGGAACAGUUAGAUCCGAUCAAUUGAGUGCAAUAAAUUCGGAAAUUCGAUCACACAACAGAACAGAACAGUCCACUUCCGGUGGACGAGCCGCCAGACAAGAACAAAUGAUACCAUCACCGAUUUCCGACAAUUUUGGAACUAUCAGACCGGAUCAGAUGAAUAAUUCGACGGAUUUGGGAUCCAGAAUGGAUCAAUCUGGAGUUUCUGGGUUGAGUGAUGGGCAAGGAACCGGUCAGACUGAACAAACCUCAGCGUUCGGGAUACCAGAAGUAGUGGAUGGUUGUGGAAUUGGAAGAUCCGAGCAGAAUAUGGUGUUACCGGUGACGGAUGGCCGUAGAAUUGCCAGAAUUGAACAAAAUACGACUCCUUUAACGGUUGCAAGAUCAAAUCCUAGAAUUGUGCAACGAGUGGCGUCGCUUACCGGGCAAACGGCAAUGGCUAGAGGCCAGAAUAGCCAGCCUGGGUCUUCUAUCAUUCUUGCUGAAGUUGAACCUGCAAACCAUUCGGAGGAACCCUUGCCAUCUGGAUGGGAAAUGAGAUAUGAUAUCUACGGAAGAAGAUAUUAUGUGGACCAUAAUACCAGAAGCACUUCAUGGGAAAGGCCACAGCCUCUGCCAUUAGGAUGGGAGGUACGUCGAGAUCCACGGGGCAGAAUUUAUUACGUGGAUCACAACACGAGGAGCACAACGUGGCAGAGACCCAAUACAGAAAGGUUGCAACAUUUUCAACAUUGGCAAGGUGAAAGGCAACACGUGGUGCAACAAGGUAACCAACGGUUUCUUUAUCCUCAAGCCCAUGGGGGUCAAACAGCUGUGGCAGGACCAUCGAUAUCAACGGCGGACGACGACGAUGCUUUGGGACCGUUGCCAGCUGGGUGGGAGAGGCGCAAACAACCUGAGGGAAGAGUAUAUUAUGUGAACCAUAAGAAUCGAACCACACAGUGGGAGGAUCCUAGGACUCAAGGGCAAGAAACUGGGAUCGAGGAACCAUUGCCAGAUGGCUGGGAAAUAAGAUUAACGGAAGACGGAGUACGUUACUUCGUAGAUCAUAAUACUAGGACAACUACAUUCCAAGAUCCAAGGCCUGGGGCACCUAAAGGCCCAAAAGGUAUUUAUCGUGUACCAAGAGCGUACGAAAGAUCAUUCCGAUGGAAAUUGUCACAAUUCCGUUUCUUGUGUCAAACAAACGCGUUGCCAAAUCACAUAAAAAUUAAUGUCAAUCGACAAACGUUAUUCGAAGACUCUUAUCAUCAAAUAAUGAACGCAGAGGCCUUCGCAUUAAGACGCAGAUUAUAUAUAAUAUUUAAAGGAGAGGAAGGAUUAGAUUACGGUGGUGUAUCGAGGGAAUGGUUUUUCUUGUUGAGUCACGAAGUGUUAAAUCCAAUGUACUGCCUAUUUGAAUAUGCGAAUAAAAGUAAUUAUAGCUUGCAAAUUAAUCCAGCGUCUUAUGUCAAUCCAGACCAUUUACAAUAUUUUAAAUUUAUUGGAAGGUUCAUAGCAAUGGCCCUGUACCACGGACGUUUCAUUUACAGCGGAUUUACUAUGCCGUUUUAUAAACGUAUGUUGAAUAAAAAAUUAGUUAUGAAAGAUAUAGAAUCCAUCGAUCCGGAAUUCUAUAAAUCUCUCGUUUGGAUAAAGGAAAAUAAUAUCGACGAAUGUGGCCUCGAACUGUAUUAUAGCGUCGACUUCGAAAUUCUUGGUCAAGUGAUACAUCACGAAUUGAAAGAUGGCGGCGACAAAAUUAGGGUGGUUGAAGAAAACAAGGAAGAAUAUAUUAGGUUGAUGACGGAAUGGAGGAUGACCAGAGGUAUAGAAGAUCAAACGAAAGCCUUUCUAGAAGGUUUCAAUUCCGUAGUCCCAUUAGAAUGGUUAAAAUACUUCGACGAACGUGAAUUAGAACUCAUGCUCUGUGGUAUGCAAGAAAUAGAUGUCGAAGACUGGCAACGCAAUACAAUUUACAGACACUAUACUCGCAAUAGUAAACAAAUUUUAUGGUUCUGGCAGUUUGUGACGAGGACUGAUAGCGAAAAACGAGCCAGACUUUUGCAAUUCGUAACUGGAACUUGUCGAGUCCCUGUCGGUGGAUUUGCAGAAUUGAUGGGGAGUAAUGGACCCCAAAGGUUUUGUAUCGAAAAAGUAGGUAAGGACACAUGGUUGCCAAGGUCACAUACGUGCUUCAAUAGAUUGGAUUUGCCGCCGUACAAAAGCUACGAGCAAUUGGUAGAGAAGUUAAAUUACGCGAUCGAGGAAACGGAAGGUUUUGGUCAGGAAUAACUUAACAGAGAAUUGCUUUGCUAAAAUGUAAUAUUGCAAAACUAUGUACGCAAUGAUAAAAAAAAAAAACGAAUUCUAAUAUAAUAAUACGAGGAUUAACCGAUAAAAUUAUACUUUGGUUUCUUCUUUUCAUUAUUAGCGACGACGAAUAUGUUUCUAAACAACCCGUCAGCUUAGAGUUUAUGAAUACAGUAAGCGAGAUAUACUGGGGAAAUAUUGUUAAUUCUAUAUGAAAAUUUCUGUAAUAGGUUAUAUUUCGAUAACGGUUUCGUCGAAUUUCGAUUUCGUUUAUUAUAUAUGGAUUGUCCUAUGCAACCGAGGACAGGCUAUAUUUUUUGAAACGGAUACAGAUAGAAGAAAAUGCAAGGUAAAGUUAAGCAGCAUGAAAUGAUAAAUCUAAAUGAAUAGUAAAUGGUAAAUAAUCUAAAUAUAAUUUUGUGUACUUUUUUGUGUCGUUGCAUCUAAAAAAUGCAACUGUCCUUUUGUUUAAAUGGAACUAUAUAAUUUUGAUGGGACUAUUCGAUUUGGCUUUUUAAUCUUAACGAAAAAUAUUGAGGUCUUUAUGCCCUAAACAAAAUAGAUAAAAAAUGAUGACACUGAAGUUUACUAAAUUACUUCACUAUGAAGUAUUAUAACUUUUGAACUAUUGAAUUUAGAGCAUAAGUACCUUUUACUUUUUUAUCGAGAUUAAUAAGCUAUAUUAAUUAUUCCAAUCAAAAUUAUUUAUUCGAUGUUGUUUAACUUUGUCUUAUCACGUUCUUUUCUAUCUUUAACCAUUCCAAAGAUAUAACUUGUACCUGUUGAUUGGAUCAUCGCGAUUAAAGCCAGAAAUGCGAAGAUUCGUAGAAAAUAUCAAUAGAAACGCAAAUUUCUACCUUUACGCGUAGUGAAAUAUUUAUAAACAAUUUAAUAGUAUAAGAUGAAAACACAGAUGCCAAAAGAGUUAUAUAUAUCCUAUUGAAUUUUUUUUUUUAAUUGAUUUAGCGUUAAAAAAUUUUUCCUUUUGACAGAAAACAUAAUUUUUAAACUGUUCUCCGAUUUACAAUAUUCUUUUAAUUAAUUCCCCGUUCUUUUAUAAACGUUCCCGGUGUAUGAAAUCAUUAAGUUCUCGAUUCGUAAGCAAUUUAUUGAUGCUUUCUACGAUGUUUUAAUGACAUUGCCUAAGUAUUAAGAGGUUUGAGAAUUUCUAUAAUAAAUAUUGUACAUACCGAGCUAUUAAUAUGCUGCAGAGUUGAGCAAAUUUUAUUAACAAAUAACGAAUAAAAAUUUCCAAUUAAUUUUCAAAUUAAGUCUCAUUUGUUUUUCAUUAAUAAAUUUUAUUUGUAAAUUAUAUCCCAUUAACAAGAUUAUUUAAACUAACGUUCAAACAAAAAUUUUUAUUCGUUAUUCAUGAUUAAGAUUUCUCCAGCUCUGAUAUCUUGUAUAUUACACGACGAACGAUUAACAAUUUCAUGUUUUAACCUAAGUACUUAGCCAUAAACUAUUAUAAUUCUGUACAUAUCAUAAGAUAAAACUCAAAUUUUUCACGAAAAUGACAAAACUAUGUCGCAUAGACGCCACAUUCUCUGUUGUUCUCAUUAUUUACGUUUUUAAACCGUAUUUGUAUUUGUUAUUAACAAUUUCGUUUAUAGCGUACUUAUACAGAGUAUCUGUUCAUAAAUGUCUAAGCAAAUAUCUCGUGAACGGUCGAAAUUAGAAAAAAAUUCAAUAAGAGAAAUUUAGACGACGUCAAGCCGGCUAUAAUUUAGUUUUUAAAACGGCUAUGCAUAAUUCUUUUGCAUAUCUAAUUAAUAGAGGUCAGAAGAUAAUUCAAACUUAGUUAAAAUACUUAAGAUGCCGAUUGUCGGUGCAAAAUAGCAAUUUUUAACGUAGAGAUCAUUUUUAUUACAAUACACCUGUAGUAAUUAGAUAUGUGAGAAAAUUGUGUAUCCGUUUGAAAAAAACUAAGUUAUCCUUCGUAACUCGGAAAAAUUACGAACGAAAAAAUAUAAUUUAGACACAACUUGUAGCCGACUUAAAAAUCGGGUGAAUUUUUAAUAUUGAAUUUUUUUCUAAUUUCGAUAGUUUAUAAGAUAUUUGGUUGGACAUUCACGGACGAACACUUUGUAUAUUUUUUUUUCGAUAAUAGAAAUAAAUCUCGUAAGAAAUUAAUAUCUGUGAUAUAUUGAACAUGUUCAAUUUUAAACAAGAAUUGGAAACAUGAAAUUCGUUAAUUCGUUUUACGGAUGAAUUUAUUGUACGUGUACAAAAAAAAAAAUAAGUAUUGUAACUAAUGUAACAAAAUACCAUAACGAAUUAAUAUAUAUGUAUGUAUAACACGUUCAACAUGCAUGGAAUAUAAAAUUGUAUAUGUGUAUACACGAGAAACAAAUAUAUAUGGAAUACUAUUAUACAGUAACUUAAUAUUUGCAAAGAGAAGGUACGAAAGAUUUAUUAUACCAUUUAAAAGAAAAA